UAUAGUCAAAGAAUUCCCCUCGGAUAUUUUAAUUUGUUUGGUUGUUUUGCCCUGUUAUCAACUACUCCUAACAAUUAACGUUUGUACCAAAUAAGCACCAACCCACACCUUUAUUUCUCUCCUAUAACUGAUUUCUUUCCCAUCCAUUCUUUCAUCUAGUUCAGACUUCACCCCCUGUUAACUACUCCCUUGCUAAAUACCCAGACUGUGAAUUUUCAAAUUUAUGCACUCAUUCGUGCUGUGAGUUCCAAUUUGUUUCAUCAAUCAAUAAGCCAUUUGGCCAUUUGGGUGAGGAUGUCCAGACUCUAUGCCUUGCUCUCAGGUUACUGCCUUUGGAUUCUGGGAUUUUCUACAAGUUUGGUAGGGUUGGUAGCCUUUUCAAGACCAUACUUUGCAGACAAGUUUUCUGAUGCUGCAACAACUUUUGAAGACCUUCCGAUUCCGGUGAGAAUCCCAUCAAAAGGGCCAAAUGACCCUCCGGUCAUAGCUUAUUCGAUUUCUGGAACUCAUGGAGAUAGUACGAAGAUAUUGAGGCUGGUAAAGGCAAUUUAUCACCCAAGAAAUCAGUACCUGCUCCAACUUGAUGCCAGUUCAUCGGAUCACGAGAGGAAGGAAUUAGCUAUAUCAGUCCAAUCUGAGAGGGUGUUCAAGGCAUUUGGGAAUGUCAAUGUUGUCGGCAGAGGUAGUGCUUUGAGUCCGAUGGGACCUUCAGCUGUUGCUUCCACACUCCGCGCUGCUGCAUUGCUUCUUAAGAUUAGUGCAGAUUGGGACUGGUUUGUCACGUUAAGCGCUUCUGAUUAUCCGCUUAUGCCUCAGGACGAUCUCCUUCAUGCUUUUAGCUUUUUGCCAAGGGAUCUCAACUUCAUCGAUUACACGAACAAAACUGGCUGGAAGGAGAGGCAAAACAUUGACGAGAUCAUUGUAGACCCCAAUCUAUAUUACAAAAAAAACUCUCCAAUUUUGUAUGCCUCAGAAACAAGAGCUAAACCAGAUGCCUUCGAGAUUUUCGGAGGUUCACCUUGGGUAAUUCUAAGCAGAGCCUUCAUGGAGCACUGUGUCCAUGGAUGGGACAAUUUCCCCAGGAAACUACUAAUGUACUUGACCAAUGUGUUGUUUCCUCUUGAAUUAUACUUCCAAACAGUCCUUUGCAACUCCCCUGAGUUCCAAAACACCACAGUGGACAACAACUUGAGGUAUACUAUAUGGGAUCAUAAAACUGUUGGUAAGGCACUGGAGUUGAAAAUGUCGCACUACGAUGAAAUGGUAUCAAGUGAGGCAGUUUUUGCAAGGACUUUUAGAGAAGGGGAUCCGGUGCUAUCGGAGAUCGACGAGAAUGUCCUUAACCGCCCACCGGAUGGGGUGGUGCCCGGGGAAUGGUGCUUGGAUCAAGGAAUGAACACGAGCGUAGAAGAUAGUUCGUCGGUGAUUGAUCAGAAUUAUAGUAAUUGUUCAAGUUGGGGUGACAUCAAUUCAGUUAAGCCAAGGUCCUUUGGGGUGAAGCUUGGAACAUUUUUCUCUAAGCUUCUUGUUGAAAGGAAACUAAGGCCUAAUCAAUGCCACAACUCUGUAUAGAUAUUAGCCAAAAUUCAAAAUCCACCCACAGAUAUACUACUUUUGUAUAAAAGGAAAGAAGAAAUAUGUUGACCUACACUUCCUCGUGCUUUUGUGUUCCAUAACCGGAUGUUUGGGCCAACUUGUGUUUAGUCUAAUACUAGUAUAUUUUCAUCUCCCGUCGCGGUAAGUUAUUGGAGCUGUCUUAAUUUUGCAU